GUUGCGCACGUUUUCAUCAAAAAAUAUCGAAAAUUCCUAUUUCUCGCUGAAUAUAAUCGAAUAUCGGCAUGGAUUCUUCGGAUGAUCAAUCUGAACAAGAGCAUUCCGAGCAGUCCGAGGAAGAAUCUGUCGUCGACGAUGAAACCAGCGCCGAAGACGACGAGGAUGAGGAGGAGGACGAUGUGCCCAAACUCGCGGAUAAAGAGUUCAAAGAAAUACCCUUUGAAGAUUUGCUGAAACUGCAGAAGAAACUGGGAACCCGCGUUUACAAUGAAGCAAUUUUUGGGAAGACUGUAAGCAAAAAGAAAUCUGUGGAUGCAGAAAAGGAUACAAAAAAGCGAAAAACCGAGCAAGAGCAAACCUCCAGUGAGUCCGACGAUGACGAUAGUGGCCCAGAGGAGAUAAGCUCGCGACGGAAAACGCCUGCUUUUGCGAAAGUAAGACGAGGCAACAACGACGAAUCGGCGCAACAACGACCUAGAGAUCCCCGCUUCGAUCCCAAGCAAGGGUACUUCAGUGGCCGCAAGUUCCGUCAGGACUAUGGUUUUAUUAAUGAUCUGCGCACGAAGGAGCUGAAGAAAUUGGAAAACAAACUACACGCUACGGAAGAUCCGGAAGAAGCGGAAAAGAUUAAAUUCGUGAUGCGUCGGACGGAGAACCAAGUCCGAGAGUACGCCAAGCAGAAGCAGCUGGAUGAGACACGAAUGCAGGAAAAGAAGCAAGCACGACAGGCAAUCAGUGAGGGAAAACGACCGUUCUACGAACGCAAGAGCACCAAAAAGGCCCGCGAUUUGGUACAACAAUACGAUAAGCUCAAGGAAGACGGUAAACUGGCGAAACACAUCGACAAGCGCAGGAAGAAAAUAUCGGCCAAGGACAGGAAAAAGCUCGAUUUCGCUACGUAACGUUAUAUUUUAUUGCUACAGCUCCUUCCAAUAAAUUCAUCUAACCAACGCGCAGCAUACGUGCUUCUCGUUUUUCUUGUAA